UUCUCUGAAAUUUCUCGCCUCUCUCUCCCGACUGAUAUCCAGGAACAUAGCAGAGCACUCUGCAAAUUUCUCCCCUCUCUCUCCCGAUUGAUAUCCAGGAACAUAGCAGAGUACUCUGCAAAACCCUUCUCUCUCAGUACACAUCAGUGCAAAAGAAGCAACGUAGUUUCGUCCAGGACUAUGAAUACGUUCACCCCCUCAAUGGUUACUUCAAACUCAAGCAUUUUGCAACCCAAGAUUGAGGCAAAUUUGUUAGCCGAGGCUGAUCUUCAUUUGGGAUAUUUCCAGCAAAUAGAAAGUCAAUUACUUGACUGUAUGGGAAUCUCCGAUCAGCAACCAUCACACUCCCAUAACAUUGAAGUAUCUGGUGAGGACUAUAUGCAUGAACCUGGCGGCAUCAUUGAUAUGCCUUCACCUGGAAACAAGAACUCAGCGUGUCUAGAUGAAAUUCCUCCUAAACCGAUUGAGGACCACAUUGUUAUUGGCAUACCUAUCGUUGGGAGAUCAUCUUUGGCAAAGAACGCACAUGAUGCACCUAGCAAAGAACAAAGUUUAGAUAAACGAUUAACACAUGCUGACAUGCUUCAUAAAUGCUUAAAGGAGAAGGACAAAAUUCCUGUUUUAUUUCAUAAUGGUCAUCCCGUAGGGAAGUAUGCAUCAUUGUUUAUGAAAGAGCUUGGUAUAGCUGUAAAGAAACAUGCACCAUUACAAGUCCAGGGUUGGAAGAAGGUAAAGGAUGAACAAAAACGACCAAUCUUUCAGCAGUUGGAGAGUGCAUUUUUGGUUGACUUCAGCCUAGGACCCGAUUCUGUGAAAAAAGACACCGAUAGAAUAAUGGGUAAACAAUAUAGCAGGUACCGCCAAAGGAUGCACAUACAUUACAAAACUCUUACAGACUUGCCUUGGGAGGAUCGGUUGAAACAUGUACCGGAGGAGUUUUGUAAAAGUGAAGCAGAUUGGGUGUAUAUGUGUAAACUGUUUGAGUCACAGACUUUCAAGAAACUUUCCUUGUUAAACUCUCGAAAGUCUUUGUCGCAAUACACUGACAACAGGCCCGGAGAAGAAGAUGGUAUUGAUGAUUCUAAUGUAACAAAUACCUCAGAAAGAUGUCGUCAAGGAGAAAGUGACGAGGCAGCCAAUAAUGACAAGCAAAGUGGAUCAGAUAACCAAGAUGCAAGCAACCAAGUUCCAUCCGGACAUAGAGAUAGCCUCCAACCAUCUGAUGCUGUGUCUCUUAUAGCAGCAAAUGCAGAGCUUAGGGGUGAACUUCAUAGUGUGCGAACUGCUAUACAAUUGAUGGAAGAUAAAGUGUGGAGUCUGGAGGCGAAUCAGAAGCGGCUAGAGGAGAUCAUUAAGGCAAACACACAGAUUGUGGAGACGAAUCAACUGAUGAUGCAGCGGGUUUUUGAGAAGCUAGCCUCUGAUAUAGCUCAAUCACUGACCUCCUCGGCAGCACCUCCUCCUCCGCCUUAGUUUGGAGAAUCCAGGGAAGAUUUGCAGAAGAAGGGACAUGGGACUUAAUUUAUUUUCAAUCGACUCAAUUUCGGGAUGAAGUAAUGUGAAGUCUCUUUCACUCUCUUCCAAUUUGGUUCUGAUGUUUGGAAGGCCAAACCUAUUGGGCUAAUUGUUCAUAAUUGUGUAUGUUUACAGGUUAUUAUCUGCAUGAAUUUUGGACAGAUUUCUUUCAGAAAUGUCAUAGUUUGAUUGUUCAUUUGCAAAAUACAUAAGACUUUGAAAGUGAGCUAUUUGAUUGAGGCA